AUGAGUUUAACUGAAGAACAAUUAAAAAAAGAAUUUAAAAAACUUGAUAAAGAUAAUGAUGGAAAUAUUACUGUAGAAGAAUUGAGAAAAUAUUAUUUACCAAUGCAAGAAAUGUUAGGCAUGAGCCCCGUGCUGAUUGAAAGAGAAAUUCAAGCAAUAUUAUCAAGACUCGAUCUAGAUAGGAAUGGAACAAUUAGUUUUGAUGGUAAGAUGUUUGCUGAUGUUAUGAAUAGUAUAUUCUCAUUCAUGUUAGAAGCUUUUAUAAAAAAAUUGACAAUUAAAGAGAGUAGUUUUGUAUUUUUGAAACUCUAA